AUGGCUGUGUGGUCAAGUCUGCUGAGUUCCAGAGUUACACUUGGUGCUGUUGCUGUCACGGCUGCUGUUGUUGUUACUGCUGCUGUAUUCUUGUCCAAGCGUAAACCAAAAAAAUAUGAACUUGUUGGCAAAGUUACUGCAUUGAACUGCUACCCAAUAAAAUCCUGUAAAGGCAUAACUAAUGAUGUGGCCUUUUGUACAGUGUCUGGAAUGCGGAUGUCAAAUGCAAUGGACAGGCACUUUGUGAUCGUUCGUCCAAACGGUGAUUUUGUCACCCAGCGGCAGUUACCGAAGAUGGCGGGAAUUGAGACAGUUUGUGAUGGCCAAGAUCUAGUACUUAGAGCAGACGGUAUGCCAGACAUUAGAGUCCCUUUGUACCCAAAACUGGACAGAAAGAAGGUAGUUCCAUGCAGAGUUUGGAAAAGUCAGCUGGAGGCCCAGGACUGUGGUGACGAGGUGGCAUCUUGGAUAAGCGAGUAUUUGAGUGAGGAUCUGAGGUUGUUGGUCCUUGUACCAGGACUAGAAAUGAGGCAGAGCCCGACAGCAAAUGCCAUCAGCACAGAUAAAGUGGCCUUCCCAGAUGAAAGUCCUUAUCACAUAAUUACAGAAGAAUCACUAGCUAAUCUGGUGUCUCGAAUAGAACCCUCACCGGAUGGGCAGAUUACCGUGAAGAACUUUCGGCCCAACAUUGUCAUUCAGGGAACCAAGGAACCCUGGGAUGAAGACAACUGGUCACACCUUAGGAUUGGAAACAAUCUGAAAAUGAGAGUUCUGGCCCCUUGUGACAGAUGUCUGUUAACAACUGUGAAUCCAUCAACACGUGAUCGGAGAAGUGAUGAGGAGCCCCUGAAAACACUAAGAACCUUUCGCAUGUUUCCUGAGGUCAGCAAGGCUCCAUUGUUUGGAGUGUUUGCUGGAGUUGAUGUUGAAUCUACUAUACGAAUUGGUGAUCCAGUUUACGCAGUCAGAAAAUAA